AAAUACCUAAAGAAACGAGACUACUACGACCACACGUAUCAAAUAUUUCUUUCAUCUUAUCUCAAUAUCAUCUCUGAGCGGCCAAUGGCAUCCACCAUUAUACCAUCAUCAUCAUCAAUCUUCAAUCGCGCAACGUGCCCUUCAAUCUCACUCACCAUUCCCAACAACUCCACCACUAAUCUCCGCCCUAUUCACCACCGUCGCCCCCAUCUCAAUCUCCGCCUCACCACCCAAAAAUGCAACUACAAGAUAUCAAUAGAACACGACGGCGAGACAACGGAAGUUGAAGUAGACCCGGAUGAAACAAUACUAGAAAAAGCUCUUGAAACAGGAAUGUCGGUACCGCAUGAUUGUAAACUUGGAGUUUGUAUGACAUGUCCUGCCAAAUUGAUAAGUGGAAACGUGGAUCAAAGUGAAGGGAUGCUCAGUGACGAUGUUAUUGAGCGUGGGUAUUCUUUGUUGUGUGUUUCGUAUCCGAAAUCGGAUUGUGUUGUUAAGAUUAUACCUGAAGAGGAAUUGCUUUCUUUGCAAUUGGCUACCGCUGAUGAUUAGAAUACAAUUUCCCCCCCUUUUUCUUCUUCUUUGUAUUACCAAGUUUUAUAUUAAUACUUUGAGGUUUUGUUGCUGUAAGAUCUAUUGAAAUGAUAUAAUGAUCAAUUAGAUAGUUGUGAUA